UAUACGAACUUCCUCUAUCACGGGUUUCCCACAUGUUUAAAAAAAAAAUUUGAAUUGCGCGCAGCAGUUUAGGAUCACGUGGGGAUCUAAGCGCAAAAGCAAACCUUAAACUAUUGAUUUAUUGUCUAGUCAUAUGUUUGUUGUUAUUAUUGUAUACUUAUGAUAAUAAGGACCAUAGUAAUUUUGCAACAGUUGUUUUCUUUUACCUCAAUUAUUCACUAUUAAAAAUGAUUAGAAAAGAGCAGCAGUUUACGUUUGAUGUAUAUAUUGGAAAUGUUCCGAAUCAUAUACAGCAGGCGGAUUUAAAGAAUUUUUUCCAAAGGUAUGGAGAAGUAAAGGCCGUGUUGUGUCGCUGGAAAAAUGAUGAUAUUGGAUAUGCAAUUGUAAAAUUUUAUUUCAAGCAUGAUGCGGAUAGAGUUCUUCGAGAAGUAAGUGAAGUGUACUUGAAAGGUUAUCACAUGCCUGUUAAACUUGCAAGAAGAUCAGACCACAGUAAUGAAGACCAGAAUGGAGUGGCUAGUUUCAAGCAAAAUGUUGAUUGUAAAGCUCUUCCACAUCCUACAAGAUACAAUAAUUCUUUCCCUUAUUCAAAUCCCAACUCCGAAUAUCCUUCUCUCCUGCAUGUUCCUAUUAAAGAACCUGAAUAUUAUGAUUUAUCUUUUCUGUCUCGAAAUCCGCUAAAUCCUAAAAUCCGAACAACCUCUGGUCCCAAGCUUUGUGGAUUUCUGGACUUCUACUGUAUUAACAUGUUUAGGGAAAUGUGACAAUGCUAAUCACUCUUUCUGUUUGCUUCAUCAAUCAAUUUUUAUACUAUUUUGUGAUAUGAUCCAUUUUUUAAAAUUAGAUCUGAUAUAGUGUAUGUUAUGUACAGAUAUAUUGAGCCAAACUUUAGUCCUUUGAAGUUUGUUGUAACGGGGUUUGAUUAUAUUUUAACAUAAUUUUACUUAUUUCCUGUCAUGAAAAUGUAGUUUUUUUCUAAAUGUGAAGUCUAAUGAAAAAUAUUCUUAAGCAUAUAUGCUUUUCUGAAAUAAUGUUUUUAGUGAUGGUAAAAAAUCCUGUAUUUGUAAUAUAAUAUUUUUUUUGUAUUGUUUAAAAUGAAAUGAUAUUUUGUGAUAAAUAUAAAUAGCACAUCACUUGAAAGGUAGUUUACUGAAUUCUAUAAUUUUUCUGAGGAUUGUGAGUAUUAAAAGUGAGAUUAUAAGCUAAAGUGUGAACUUACUGAAAUAUAGUUCUAAAUUUUUUUUUUCUGUUAACUGUACUUUUCUUUGUUUGCCUUAACAGUUCAAAACAGGUUGUAGGGUUAAUAUUUGAAACUAUCCAAUUAUUAUGAUUUAGAUCUUUAUUCAAACUUCCUCAUUUUUCCUCACUAGAAAUGUAAAUCAGCUGGAGAGUAUUUAAGCUGAGGUUUUAGGAUUGUAAGCGGUACUGUUUUUACCCCUCAUGGCCAUGAUACGUGGUUCCUGCCAGCUCUGAAAAGUUUGAAAUUAUUUGGCUUUGCAAUUUGCUGCUGACAUUUAAAUUUGAUAUCCGGCUAGAAAAUUUGAGCCAGCGUAGAUUUAAAUUUAAUUGUGUGGUCUUUGACUACUAGCCAAAGCUUUAAUUUAAGUUUUGACUGUAAUUUUAGUUACAUUGGCACAAGUUGUGGCAGAUCUUGUUAGCACAAGUAGUGUGUGUUUAUGUUCAAAGCUAGUGUUUAAAUAAGAAGUUUUAUUUUAAAACCUUUCCAAGACUUGGUAAAUUUCAAACACAACGAUAAUUUAUGUAACGUCUUGUAGGUUUUGAAACUAGUUUAUGCUCUUAAAGCAAGUCAAACUGUAAGGUUAAAGAAGCUUGUUAAUCUUAUUCUAAGUUUGGCUUAAAAAUUUUUCUGGCUAAAUAAUUAUUACUACAAUUUUUCCUCCUUGUUAACUGAUGUUUAUUUAAUUGAGAUAGCCAUUUGUUUUUCACAACAUAAUUCUUAUUUCAACUGUAAAGUAAUGUCAAAAAAUGCAAUUUUCACAUGCAUAUUUAAUAUUCAUAAUUUUGCACAAAUAAAUUUAAGAGCAGUUGAAGCAAUAAUCUGAUGGUUCUUUAAGAAACCCGAGGGAAGGCAUUAAUACUAGCCUUCUGUUGAAGUUAUUGAAGAUUAGUGUUUAUGUCUUCCGUCAGGUUUUCUAAAAGAAAAUUAUGGAUAUGCUUACAUGAUCCUAUAGGGAAGAUGGGUUGUAUUAAAUGACUGGAAAGGGAGGAACAUUUCACAUUUUCUCUUUAAGCAGUCUAAGAAACAGAGAAAAGGUUUCAUCACAGGAAAAGCAGUAAACUGUAAUGCUUGCAGUUCAUGAUGGAAGUUAUUCUUCUGUAGAUUUCAGUAUCUUUUGCUCCUUUUGUCUCAAAAUCUGUUCUCAGCUCAGAGUUUCUUCUUCACUGAGUCUCAGUGUUCAUAUUCAGAGACUGCUGAGAUGGUGCAAUACCAUUUCCUGUUAAUGCUGCUUGAAAUUAUUUAUUUAUAUUUUUCUUGUGCUUCCGAUUUCUUCUGUAGCAGCUAAUGUUAUCACCUGUUCUGUUAAAUUUUCCGUAGUAUCCUUCUUUUUGUUUCUUUAAUUGAACAUAUCUUACAAUUUUAUCUCAGUUCAUAUUUACAGAAGGGUUUUAUUAAUUUUUUAGUUCAUUUUCAAGGAUUAGCACAGUGUUUCAUAUGCUCAAAAUUUACUUACUUGAGUAUUUCAGGAUAUUUUUACACCAAUGUAGUAAAUAUUAACAAUAAAAUUAUUUUAAAAUGAAAUGGUUUCAAAAUUCAGUUUCUUAUCAAAAUGUGAAUUUGUAUUAAAAACAGAUAUAUGUUGUUUACAAAAGCAUUAACUGUGAAAUGUAAUUAAUUUUACAUC